GCCGCAGCGCAAUGCAUUAUGGGACAGUGUGUAAAGAUGGCGGCACCUUGGCACCCUCUGUGACCAUGUUAAAUUGUCAAUAAGUGGACAUUUCCGAUGUCACUUUGACGUGUAAUUAUUGAAACUAAAUAUUCAUCUGUUUUUUGACUACUAAGAGGCAGAAAGAGAUGUUUGGGAGUUUUCUGCGAGCUGGAGCCUCCUUGUGUCGGUCUACAGGAGUUUUCGUGGACUCAGCAAGGACCUUCACCACCGGUACAAGCUGCCUCAUAAGGAUGCACGCCAUCCCUAAGCCUAAAGUGGUGGACAGAUGGAAUGAGAAAAGGAGCAUGUUUGGAGUGUAUGACAAUAUAGGAAUCCUAGGGGAUUUUAAAGCCCACCCCAAAGACCUCUACAUCGGUCCCUGCUGGCUGAAGGCGUUCAAAGGCAACGAGCUGCAGCGCCUCAUUAGGAAGAAGAAGAUGGUGGGAGACAGGAUGAUGACUCUGGAUAGACACAACUUGGAAAAGAGGAUCAAAUUCCUAUACAGACGUUUCAACCGUACUGGAAAACAUCGCUAAGAUGCCACAAACCAAUCCGACCAGUUUGUCUUUGUUUUUUUACUUUAAAUAUGCAUUUAAGUAAAACUGGUGUUGACAAGGAGA